AUGAAUUAUAAAGCGUCUAAAGAUAUUCCAUGGGGCCCAUCGAUGCUAAUGGGCGUCCAGUUUGUAUUUAAGGAUAAAAGAGUCGUUGUUCCUGAUCUACCACCGAAAUUCACAUCUGUUCAGAAUUCGACAAAUAAAUAUGAGCUCAAUUUUGAUUACGAGCGGAAAAUUUUGAAAGAUUACGAGGCGACAGAAGAACGAGAACGGCGUCGAUUAAAGAAAAAUACGCAGGCAGAAGGAACUGCAAAGGCAGACCUGGCUGAAAUGAAAGAAUCUUCUAUUCCUGUUGUGCCACACUUAACCCCCAUCGAACCAGAGAAAUCCGUUACGUCUUCUACGGAAUCAACCCGAAAAGCCCCAGUCAAAGUUGAUAGCUCCAUCUUGGAGGAUUUUGAAUUUCGAGCACUGCGCGACGAUCCUUUUAUUGCCGCAGAACUGGGAACUAUAAAUGAUCUAGAAGAACUGCGCGAUGUUCUUGCUUCUAUGCAAACUACUGAACCUGUAGAGUCCAAGAAAACGAAUAUGUACAAAAUCCUUAAAAAUAUCAGUUUUCCUCACCUGUCUUUAGACGAAAGUAUUCCUAAUCAAAAUGUUAACAAAUCAUCUGCGCCAUCUUCACAACCGAAUCUAUUUGGCACCAGCCACCAACCGAUUUUGACAUGUGAUACAUCAGAGCGUGCUUCAUAUAGUAAUAACAUUGCCAAUGAAAACGACAUGAUCUCCCGGCCUUCACAUUCUAGAAAUGCUAAUGCUAGUCCUAUCAAGUUUGAGCUAGAAAGUGACACGACAAAAUCGGAGAAUGAACGUCAAACGCGUUCUAUUGACAGUGAUUGCGGCAGCUUGAGCUCGGUGUCACUUCAGAAAGAGCCUUUCUAUCGUUCUACCCCGUCCUUCCAGAGUGUAACCCACAUACCGAUCCCCAUGGGAAAUGAAAUCCAGAAUCAGAAUCGUAGCAGGCACGUGUCAGAAUCUUUCUUGAUCGAAUCUCCCAUUGAAGAGGAGUGCCAACCUGACGAUCCACCAGUCGUUCAACGAGUCGUGAAGAUGGGCUUUAAGAGAAGGAAGGCUCUUGCUCUCUAUAAAGUCGUUACAAAGCACGAAGUUAGCGUAUCGGAAAAUAGCAUGAUAAGCCAAUUGUGCAAUUGGAAUGAGCUCGAGGACAAGGGUCUUGAACCAACUGUGUGUUUCGCAUCUGUCGUAUUUGCGCCCAAUGACCUAGAAAAGGCAUUUAAAUUUGGAACAAUGGUUUCAGAGCUGUGUGAGAUGGGCUUUCCUAUAGAUUCCGUCUUAACUGCGGUACGCACCUCAAAUAUGAGCAAAGAGGAGGCUGUGAUGCAUCUUCUUGAUCCGAAUGCCAACUCAAGCAAUGCCACACCACCCCGGCAGCAUUCUUCUCAUCACCACUACCCGCAUCUUUUAGAGUCCUUAUCGACCCAGGGCAUUAGUCGAAAGAGCAAAAAGAAGGAGAAGAAAUCAUAUUUGUCGUAUCUACAUGCAAAGCAUUGA